UUAGGCGUUUGUGUCUUCUGUGGAGAGAGACCCGUAGGUUGUUUCCCCAGUGUCUGUGUUCCAUCCGCUCACUGCAGGAGCCGCCGGAGGACAGCGGGACACCCGGUGACUGGAAAUGGAGUCAGUGGCCUUUGAGGAUGUGGCUGUGAACUUCUCCCUGGAGGAGUGGGCUAUGUUGAAUCCAUCCCAGAAGAACCUCUACAAAGAUGUGAUGCAGGAAACCUUGAGGAACCUGGCCUCUAUAGGGAGCAGUUUGGAGCACCAUAUCAUUGAAAAUAUAUACCGAAAUUCCUGGAGAAAACUAAGUGGUCAAGUGGUGGAGGGACUCUAUGACUGUAAAGAUGACCAUCAGUGUGCAGAAAUCUUCGACUUCACUACACACAGUAUUGUAAACCAGAACUCCUUACCAGGAGUGCGCAUCUGUGAAAACAGUGGAUGCGCAACAGUAGUCAUUGGCCACUUGUCUCUAAGUGUACUGCUUAAACCUGACAUAAAGCGUGAAUCGUGCGAAGAUGAGGAGUAUGGGAAGGAAUUAUACAAUAUGGAAUUUGGGGCCACCUCCAGUUCUCUCACAUCAUUUGAGAACUAUGAAAGUACUUAUACUCUAGAGAGACUGUAUAAAACUGAGCCUUGUGAUGAAGACUAUAGAUAUGGUCAAACUGUUGAAAAGACUUUCACUGAAGAAAAGCCCUUUGAGUGUAAGCAGUGUGGGAAAUGUUUCAGUUCCUCCAGGUACUUUCGAAGGCACGAACGACGUCAUCGAGCAAAGAAAUGCUAUAUCUGUAAGCAGUGUGGGAAAGCUUUUGCUUUUCCCACUUACCUACAAACACAUGAAAGAAUUCACACAGGGGAGAAGCCAUAUGUGUGCCUGCAGUGUGGGAAAACCUUUGCUCAUUCUCGUUCCCUUAAAACACAUAAAAGAACUCACUCUGUUAGGGACCUCUUUGUGUGCAAUUACUGUGGGAAAACCUUACGUCAUUACAGUUCUCUUCAAAUUCAUACAAGAAUUCACACGGGAGAGAAACCCUACGUGUGUAAACCAUGUGGUAAAGCCUUCAUUACUUACCGUUCCUUUCGAAUACAUGAAAGAAUUCAUACUGGAGAAACACCUUAUGAAUGUAAGCAGUGUGGGAACACCUUCAUGCGUUGGAUUCAGUUAAAAAAACAUGAAAUAAUUCACAGUGGUGUGAAACCCUAUGCUUGUAAGCUAUGUGGGAAAAGUUUCACUUGUUCUGGCUCCCUGAGAACACAUGAAAGAAUUCACACUGGGGAGAGACCCUAUGUGUGUGACCAGUGUGGAUAUAGCUUUACUCGGUUGAAUUCACUUUUAAGACAUAAAAUAACCCACACUGGUGAGAAGCCCUACGUGUGUAAUCAUUGUGGGAAAACUUUUCCUCGUUCUGCUUCCCUUCGGAGACAUGUCAAAAUUCACACUGAGGAGAAGCCCUACGUGUGCAAGCAGUGUGGGGUUGCCUUUGCUAGUUCUACUGACCUUUUAGAACAUGAGCAAACUCAUAUUGAUGAAAAGCCUUACAUAUGUGAGCAAUGUGGGAAUGCCUUCGUGCUGUGGAGUCAGUUUCAGAAGCAUAAAGCACUUCACGCCGUCCCAGUUUCCUACGUGUGUAAGCAGUGUGGGAAGAGCUUCACGUCCUCCAGGUCACUGAAGACACACGAGAGAAUCCACACUGGCGAGAAGCCCUACGAGUGUAAGCAGUGUGGGAAAACCUUCCUGUGGUCUUACUCCCUUCAGAGACAUGAAAAAACUCAUACUGAAGGGAAGCUCUAUGUGUGUAAAGAGUGUGGGGAAACUUUCCCUUAUGACAGUCAUCUUCAGGCGCAUGAGAAGCUGCACUUUGACGAUGAACCUUUUAACUGUAAGUACUGUGGGAAGCCCUUCUUCACUUUGAACCAUUUGCAUAGACAUGAGUUACUUCACACUACCCUGGACUCCAGUGUUUUUUAGUAAUAUGAGAAAUUUUUUUUUCCACUUUGUGGCUUUAAUAGAAAUAAGAAAAAUCAUACUGGGAAAAGACUGGAUUUGUGCUAGCAAUGUGGAAAAACCUUUUGAUUUGUUUCAUUGAAACAAACAUGAGAUGUCACAAUGAGGAGAAAACUUUUUUUUUUAAAUCAACGUAAAAAUGGUUUUUGAGCUUAAAGCUUCUUGAAGUACAUCAAAGAGAAAUGGGCCUCUGACUGCAAGCAGUAGGGUAAAGCCUUCUGCAAGUCCCGGAUCUUGGAGGAGACAGGAGAAAACUCACACCAGAGAAACUUUUAUGUGUGUGUAUGUGGUGUUGUAAAAAAGCCCUUUUCUGCUUCCCCAUUCCCUCUGAAUACGUGGAAGGAGUCACUGGAGAGAAACCUUUCAUAUAUAGGCAACCUUGGAUAGUCGUGGGUUAUCACAUUCUCUUACAGACAUGAAAGAACUUACUAUAGAGAAACCUUAAAAACAAGAUUUGUGAACUCUUCAUUAUCAGCUUCAUAGAACUCAUAAGAAUGUACGUGGGGAGAAUUCCUAUCAGUGGAAACCUAUAUGAACACCAUUUGGUUCAGUGAACAGACAAGGAAAGAACUUGAUAUGGAGUGUUAGUCUUCUCAGAAGAUGGUCAAGGUUUCAUUUGGCAUGGAUGGAAACACAUACCGGAUGAAAACCUUGGCUGUUGAGAGACAUUGGGAAAUCUAGAGCAGUAGCGAUUAAAAGUCCUUUGAAUUUUUUUUUCAUGUUUAAUCUGAUAAAUGUCAGUAUUAUGAAGGACUGGACAUAUUAUUAUUAUUAUUUUUAUAGCAUGCUCCAGGAAAUGCACACUCUGAAGAGAAUGUUAUCAGUACAGUAUUUUGUAUUUAUUGAAAAAUUUCAGGGGCUGAUAGGGAUGAGUUAGCCUUUAAGAGCAUCUGCUGCUCCUUCUAAAGGACAUUGAGUUAACCUUUAAGAGCAUUUGCUUUUCAGCACCAUGUCCAGGGCUCACAACUGCAUGUGACUCCAGGUACAGGAGAUCCAAUUCUCCCUCACACACUUGUACACAUAAAAAUAAAACUUAAUAUUUUUCUAGUUUUUUUUUCC